GGUUUUUGUUUUUUUUUCACUCAGGUGCUAAAAACGCACAAACCCAUUAUGGUGAAUGCCGAUUAAAACAAGUACCUUGUUUCUCCCACUUUCUGGCCCCUCCCUUCUUGACUGCAACCCUUCGAUCCAUACAUAUCAUAUCACUGUACACUGCCCCUCCCCUCCUUGCAUGAUAUGCUGCAUAUGAGAGGGACCAACCAACACACAUACGAGCCCACCCAAACCCGAUCGCUAAGACACGAUUGACUAAUGGCACCGCCGUCAGACGGUUUGUCCUCGAUUCACUACCAACCGCUAGAUUUGGCGGCGCGUGAAGUGAGGAUACUGGAGCUGCAGCCUUCGCCGAAUAACGACCUCAACGACCGAAUCGUAUGUCGCCUCGUUCAUGAGAAGUUGAGCGAGGCGUCUGAUUUCAUAGGCCUUUCUGCCCUUUACGGCGACAUUACAAACACCGAGACUAUCCUACUCAAUGGCCAAAAAGUAGCCAUACCGUCCGAUCUCGCCGAGGCGAUUCGCUACACCCGCGAAGUCUUUCUAGGGCCCCGUGCCCAAUCCGUCAUCAACAACGCCUCCUCCUCAAGGGUCGAUCUUGAGACACAAAGGACAAUCAGUAAUCAGCAACAGCAACCCUCCCCGCCACCAUCACCGACAAAGAAACCCCCCGGAUGGCUACGCUCAUUCCUCAGAAAACUCGUCGACCCCGGCGCAGCGAGAUGCGACAAGCCUCCUCUUCGAAUCUGGAUCGAUCUAUUAUGCAUCAACCGGCGAGACAGGAAGGAAGAGGCUGAGCGCCGUGCACAUAUGGCUCGUGCGUAUCGUGAGGCUAGGUUGGUUGUUGGAUGGUUGGGACCGAAGGAUGCGACGUCUGAUCUUGCGAUUGAGAUUAUCAGGGCGUGGGAUAAGUGCAUGCCGGCCAAUUUCGGAGAACCAGGUGAUCGUGAGGCCAAUCCUGCGAACUAUGCGCCGAUUUUGCAGUGGAUGGGGCCUGUGGCUCAUCUCAGUGACAUUCCUGAGGGGAUCACGGACCCGACCGAGGUACCCAGCUACAAGGCCAUCUCUGGCUUUCUAAACAGGCCGUAUUUCCGAAAUACUUGGAUUCUGGAUGAUAUUGCCCAGGCGCAAUUUCCGACAUUCAUGGUUGGCGAUGGUAUUGUGUCUUGGAUGCAGAUUCUUCGCCUCAAUCGCGUCAAUGAGGACAUUAAGGAUCACGGGGCCGAAAUGUUUCCUAGCGAAUUGCGACCUCUACUGGAGUACAUGCCUCUAGGCAGUGUCUACACGUUUCUUAAGGAGUUUGAUCGUCGACAGAAGCUAGAAGAAUGUCGCCCUGUGUUCUCGAAUACACCAGCAAGUUCUAUUAGGAGUUCGGUGUCAAUGACGGGUCUAAAGGCGAGGGGCAGAUAAGAUUACGGAUUUUCUUUUCUUUUAGCACGUAAUGUUUGGGUAAUUGUUAGACGUACGCUAUGGAGAGUGAAUGGUUCGUCAUGUUUACGAGUUCUUUGUAUUGAUGUUCAAGCUUAGAGGCUUAGACAGCGGCGCGAGGUAUACCCUAUCGUGAGUAAUGCCAACUCACCAAAUCAAUUCACAUCCCUUGUCCAGGU